GCUUUAUCGGUGAGCGUGAGUUAGUUGGCGUGGAGGUAAUGGCUCAUCUAUUAAACUCCGGGAAACGCACAAAGCAAACAAUGGAGCACUGUUAAGAGUAAGUGGAUGGAUGUGCCUGUCGCACUUGAGUUUACUGUCUUUAUAUCUCCACGUCGCCAUGGGACUGAGUUCUUCCAAACAACCAGAAGCCCAAGUUCUCCUUCUGGGCCUGGACAACGCUGGGAAAUCAACUUUCCUCUACAAACUGAAACACAACGCGUGCGUCACCACCGUUCCCACAAUCGGCUUCAACGUGGAAAUGCUCGAUGCGAGGAAGAACAGGAAGAACAUCGCCUUGACCGUGUGGGAUGUCGGGGGCCAGGGAAGGAUGCGCGAGUACUGGCCGAGUUUCCACCAGGACGCAGCGGCGAUCGUGUUUGUUGUGGACAGCUCGGGCAGGGAGCGUCUGGAGGAGGCGCGUGGGGAGCUGGAGAGCACGCUGAGGAGUGAGCCGCUGCGGGGCCGGCCGCUGGUUCUCCUCGCCAACAAGCAGGACGUGAACGGCGCUCUGACUGUCACUGAAAUCAUGGACAUGUUUAACCUGCGGAAGAUUUGCUCGGGUCGGGAUUGGUUCAUUCUGCCUUGUUCCGCAUCGACGGGAUUUGGAGUUGAAGAAGCCUUCCGACGAGUGGUCCAAAUGAUCAAAUAAAAGAUCAGCAUUUAUUUGUACGAAAUUCGAUAUUUUUUUCAAAACAAAUAUCGAUAAUAUGACAAAUUCACUUUGAAAUACGUUUUAAUCUAAACUCCUUCUUACCAAUAAUAAAUUGUAUUUAUUGAGGACAAAUCUUUUGGUUAAGUCACUUUUUUUUUUAAAGCGCAUGCACUGAUCCCAGCUGGAACA